AUGAUUCAGCUCUACUCGCUUGGAUCAAAUGGAUCAGGCAAGCUGGCUAUUGGACACACGCACGAUGUUUCUGUACCAAAAGAGACUCUAUUUCACGAUGGGAGUCUCGAAGAAUCACCUCUAAUUAUCUCAGGAGGGAAUCACACCCUUGCACUUGCAUCUGGCGCGCUUUAUAGUUGUGGCGAUGCCAGAACUGGUGCCUGCGGCGAUACGGGAACGGACACAGCCGAUUGCAAAUUUCAUCUGGUACGCCUACCAGAACAAACUCGUCCCGUCACUCUUUGUGCAGCCUCGUGGGAAGCAACAAUAAUCGUGCAAAAAGACGAGCAAGGUAUUUCCAAUAAGCUCUACACAUUUGGUACUGGUAAUAAAGGAGAACUUGGUCAAGGAGAGCUAAUAUUUCGAUCCAAGAUACACUUGAUAAAAAACUUCCCACCACAAGGACUUGAAGUAAAACAUGUUGCAGGAUCAGUCUGCCACUUUAUUGCUGUACUCAGUAAUGGUGAUGUCUAUGGGUGGGGGAAUGGUCGGAAAGGUCAGUUAGGCCGUCCGGAAAAAGUUGUCUACGAACCACGAAAGAUAACUGGCCUCAACUUCAACAUUGUACAUGCAGUUUGUGGGCGAGAUUUCACCUGCCUUCUUGGUGAUCAAAAAAAUGGCCGAUACAUCAUCCUUGGAUCUGAUAGAUGGGGAUUAGCUACGCUGGGCCCGCCAGACUUAAGAGGGUGGAAAGAUGUUGGAGCAGGCUGGGGAAGUAUUCAUGUCUUGAAUCUAGACGGUAGUCUUGUUUCAUGGGGAAGAGACAGCAAUCGUCAAUUAUCAAGUCUUAGUCUACCGCCGCUCGAACAAAUAGCUGUUGGCAGUGAACAUUCUCUGGGGCUCACUGUAGAUGGAAAUGUCCUAGCGUGGGGCUGGGGAGAGCAUGGAAAUUGUGGUCCAGUUACAUCAGAAAAUGCAGUCGAAAGAGGGUGGAAUGUUAUUGCAGCCUCCCGGAAUUUGAAUCCAGGCAGCAGAAUCGCCAGUAUUGGCGCUGGAUGCGCAACAAGUUGGAUUUGUAUUGAAGUUACUUGA